AUAGAGAACUGGGGUGGAGGUUUACCUUACAGCAGUAAAAAAAAACAUAAAUAUACAACCAGAGUUACGACAGAGUGGUUUAGAUGAAAGCCUUAUUGAUGGGAUGGCAUGAGAAAAUGGCCCAGCCAAAGCCUGGACCUAAAUGCAUGUUAAUCUGUGUAAAAAACUUGACAACACCCUGCAUUUAGUCUGAGUAAGCUUGAACUAUACCCCAAAUAAAUCAAAUCAGUUUCUUUACAAUACACCAAUUCACAACAGGUGUUUCAGGUCCAUCUACAAAAAAAGUCAAUUCAAGCGAAUCAUACAGACAGGUCCCAAGUCAAGAACACAACACAUGAUCCUAGGUAGCAGUCAAGUCCAGUUUCUUACUCUAAUUAGUUAAGAGGUUUUUUUUUAAGGGAAGACCAGCGAGUUGCAUGGAGUCACUGACGUACAGUGGACAGUUUGACUGAAAUAAAAUAAACAAUAAACAUUUCAAUCUCUAGGUCCCCAAAACGGUACAGUCACACUUUAAAUGACUCAGAUUUGCAGCCGGUUGCUGCAAUGAUUCCACACUUUUCAGAUUUUCCAAGAGCACGUCUGGAAAGGCACUGGCAGCCAAACUACUAAAAAGAAACCUUCUGUGUUUUACUUUCCCCCUCGGGGGCCAUUUAAUGUUGGCUAAAUCUGUAAGAACAUCAUUCCCCAAAACCUAGGAGUGUAUAUUUUUUUAAGUGUCAGCAAAUGUGCACAGAAAGGAUGAUCAGUAGUCAAAGGGGAGCCAACGUUUUCCUGUUUUCUGCAUUUACAGAGAUGCUGGGCGGAAAAAACACGAGGGCUGCACUCUCUCCGUAACUUCUUCACAAAACACUCACUGCCUGGUGAUCUUGGAGAACAAAUAGUCCCACGGUGGGCUCGCCGUGGGACUGGCCUAGACCAGCGACGGGUUCCCACGACCCCUCCUCUCCUCACACACUGAGGAGCAGGCUGCAGAGACGCGCAGCGCGGAGACAGAGAGGCAGAGCGGCGCUGCACCACUUUUCCCUCUUAUUUACUAUAAAAGCUACAUUUCAGGCUCCGCUGUUGCGCAUUGCACUGACUCACACCGUGCAGCGAGCUGGGGGGGGGGGUUUAGGGAAACACACCAAAAAACAAAAGCGUCCCGAUCUCAAGAGAAAAGGGAAGACAGAGUGGAUUAGCCCGCGGAUCAAAAGUGGAGGAGUGGGAGGAAUAAACGCAACUCUGGAUUAUGUAUUGUGAUCAUGCCGCGGAGCCGGUUUCUGCUUCGGAUUUCCACCCAAAACAAGUGUGAGGAUGACUGCUGCCAGUCCGCCCCGCAGCCCCGCCUCCUCCCACUCCUCGCCCGUUUGCCUCCCGCCCUGCCGACACCUGAGGAAAGGCGAAGCCCUCCAGACCAAGCUGCGCCUGGGCUCCCCCCCGGGCGUGUGGCUCCUGCUGGGCGCCGUGGUGGUGCUGGUGGGGAUGAGCGUGGCGGUGGCCGGCUACGUCGCCGCGGCGCCCAGGGCGGCGGCGACGGCGGCGGGGGGCGGCGCGCGUGGGAGCACCCACGUUGAGAAGAUGAAGCUGGCCGGGCCGGUGGUCAUGGGGGUGGGCCUCUUCAUCUUCAUCUGCGCCGCCACGCUGCUGUACGAGAACCGGGACCGGGAGAGCCUCGUUCGAGACGCCCCCGACGACCUGGAGGAUCUGAAGGGGAGCAGCUGCUGGGAGGACACGCAGGAGCAGUGGGAGAACACCGACGAGGAGCAGUCAGCGUGGGCCACCCCAGUCCACAUCCCCCUUCCUCGCUCCAGCAGCGAAUUAUCUCUGCCAGCUCUCACUGACGCAGGAGGUGCAGAUAACGAGGAGGGAGACAACCAGGAGGAGGAGGAGAACAAGGGGAAGUUGAUACUGCUCACCCAGGUUCUCCACCACCAGGAGCCCGUUCCUCGCCCUGCCUCCCCCUGCCUGUCCGUUUCCAGUGACUCGGUUCACUCAGACUCAUGCAACUGGAGUGAAAUCAACGUCAACGAACGGACAGAGUCUUUAGAGGCGGCCCAGGACUGAAGCGCUGCUCGGUACAGCAGAGCUUCAACAUUAGUAUGUCAUAGUGCCUCUCAGUGGCACGCUGAGUCACGGUCUGUGGAGGGUGUCUUCGUCCCGCAUUGCUGCUCAACCACGUUCGAUGUCAACUCGCCGCUUCUGGAGUCACCGCGUUCUGUGGGGUUUGCUGUGAAAAGGUUCUCCGGGUGCCAACCUGGGUGACAGAAACUCUUCCUCUUCCCCCUCAUCCUCUCCCAGGAGCUGGACUUUUCCUUCCUUAAGAGGUCCACUUAAGAGGAUGAGCCAGAUUAGGGUCUUGAAUGAGUCUUAGUCUCAUCUCAUGCACGGUGUAAUCGUCUCUUUAUCUCGGGGAAAAAAUUGUGUUUCGGUGUAAACAAGAGCAGCGCAUAAGGCCACACUCCUCUCACUCGACACCUACAGCCAUGCUAUUAAUACCAGCUGGUGCUCCGCAGCAAGAUCGGGAUUUCUUACUGCAAAUUUUAGCAGGUUCUUCGGAUUCCCACAGUCAGCUCCUCGCUUUUCUCCCUUCCCCUUAAUGCGGCGCCGAGAGAUCUGAAAGAAUCUGAGAGUGGAUGAACAGAAGCGGGUAACGGCGUUUAAAAACAACAAAUUCUGGCGAGGCCGCUAUGAGUUAUUCUUGACGUAACUGAGAAUAUCACUGCUGUCAGUUUUAGUAAGUGACGCCUCACUCUCCCACCAUCUCGACCUCUCAGCUCCCAUCUCUUCAUCACCUUGUGUCCUACGCUUUAUUCAAAUCUUCAUUACUCCGUCUCAUCUCUUGGCUUAAACACAACCGAGAAAGAGCAAAAAAGAAGAAGAAAAAAAACGCUAAUAAAUAAAUAAAUAAACAAAGCACAGAAACUAUUUGCAAGUGCAACUAAAGGGAUAUUUCAGAAUUGCUAAAGUAAGAUUCUGCUCUAAAGAGUUAAUAUCUCUUUUUGCAUCUUUGUUUUGCAUAACUCCAGGUUAGUUGGACCUGGACUGAGAAGCUGCCAGAUAGUCCAAGAAAAAAUGUCCUGCCGUUUUAUACAAAAGCCCUUUUAGUAAUUUUUAUACCAGAUUACUUUUCUGUCAGGUAUUUACUGACCUGCGAAUUGAGGUGUGCAUUCUCAGCCUGUGUUUCACGGGGAAGAUUAUUGGUAGGACACCACCUCCGAGCUCCAUAUCAGGUGUAAAUAAUCGCAGGUUUCUCUGGAAACAACUUUCCGACGGCAAAAUGAAAAAAAACUCCAUUCUGAAAAACAUUCAAGAUGUUUAUGUGAACACUAUUUUAUGAACCGUUUAACUGGUGUCAGGUUUGUAUUGGGCGGCUAAUUCCCACAGAAGAGGAUAAUUAUUUAUAGCUAAAUGGGAGCUUGGAGGCGAUGCGCUACCAAUAGUCUUCCCUGUGAAACACAAGUCGAGAAACGAAACUAAUUGCUAAUUUACAAUCAAUUCAACAAACAGGGAUAUCAGCUGUGCCUGGGACAGAUUAAAGGGGACAUAUCAUGCUUUUUAGUCUUUUCACAUUCAAAUCAUUUAGUUGUGGUCUAUAUAAAGUGGAACUGC